CGUUGCUGAAAAUCUGAAGUGAUUAUUGACAAGCAGGCAGUGGGGAAGGAGGACAUGAUAAAGGCCACAAGAUAGCAACCUGGCCCUGAAGUGGAAUUAUGUGCUUCCAGCAAGUUGAAAGAGAGCAACAAAGAGCUUUUGCUUGCUUUCAGGAAUGAAUCAGGUCACAAUUCAAUGGGAUGUGGUAAUAGCUCUUUACAUAUUCUUCAACUGGUGUCAUGGAGGAAUUACAAAUAUAAACUGCUCUGGCCACAUCUGGGUAGAACCAGCCACAAUUUUUAAGAUGGGUAUGAAUAUCUCUAUAUAUUGUCAAGCAGCAAUUAAGAACUGCCAACCAAGGAAACUUUAUUUUUAUAAAAAUGGCAUUAAAGAAAGAUUUCAAAUCACAAGAAUUAAUAAAACGACAGCUCGGCUUUGGUAUAACAACUUUCUGGAGCCACAUGCCUCUAUGUACUGCACUGCUGAAUGUCCUGGAUAUUUUCAAGAGACACUGAUAUGUGGAAAAGACAUUUCUUCUGGAUAUCCACCAGAUGUUCCUGACAAGGUGACCUGUGUCAUUUAUGAAUAUUCAGGCAACAUGACUUGUACCUGGAAUUCCGGGAAGCCCACCUACAUAGACACAAAGUAUGUGGUGUAUGUGAAGAGUUUAGAGACAGAAGAAGAGCAACAAUAUCUUUCUUCAAGUUAUAUUAACAUCUCCACUGAUUCAUUGCAAGGUGGCAAGAAAUAUUUGGUUUGGGUCCAAGCUGCAAAUGCAUUGGGCACAGAGAAGUCAAAACAACUGCAAAUUAAUCUGGAUGAUAUAGUGAUACCUUCUGUAUCCAUCAUUUCCAAGGCUGAGGAUAUAAAUACUACAGUGCCCAAGACUAUAAUUCACUGGCAUAGUCAAACAAAAAUUGAAAAGGUUUCCUGUGAAAUGAGAUACAGGACUACAACAAACCAAACUUGGAAGGUUAAAGAAUUUGACACCAAUUUUACAUAUGAGCAACAGUCAGAAUUCUUCUUGGAGUCAAACAUUAAUUAUAUAUUUCAAGUGAGAUGCCAAGAAACAGGUAAAAAGUAUUGGCAGCCCUGGAGUUCACCCUUUUCUCAUAAAACAGCUGAAACAGUUCCCCAGGUCACACGGAAAUCAUUCCAACAUGAUACUCAGAAUUCUGGGCAUCUAAUUGCGUCCAUCUUUAAAGGACACCUUACUUCUGACAACAGGCAACAAGACAUUGGACUUUUAUCAGGAAUGGUCCUCUUUGCUGUUAUGUUGUCAAUUCUUUCUUUGAUUGGGAUAUUUAACAAAUCACUCCGAACGGGAAUUAAAAGAAGAAUCUUAUUGCUAAUACCAAAGUGGCUUCAUGAAGAUAUUCCUAAUAUGGAAAACAGUAAUGUUGUAAAAAUGCUACAGGAAAAAAGUGAAUUUAUGAAUAAUAAUUCCAGCGAACAGGUCCUAUAUGUUGAUCCGGUGAUUACAGAGAUAGAAAUUCCAGAAGAACACAAGCCCAUAGACUACAAGACAGAAAAGAAUACGGGAUCCCUGGAGACAAGAGACUGCCUGCAGAAGUCACUACUCACCAACACUACAGUUGUGUAUAUUCCUGGUCUCAGCACUGGGUAUAAACCCCAGAUUUCAAAUUUUCUCACUGGAGGAAACCAUCUCAGCAAAAAUGAUGACACAUCUUCCUCAGCUCUCAAACCACCGGCCGAUUCCUUAGACCUGGGGGAAAAUGCCAGGUUUAAAAGAUACCCUAAUUUUGCUUUUUCUGUCUCAAGUAGGAAUUCGCUAAGCAACACACUAUUUCUUGAAGAAUUAAGCCUCAUUUUAAAUCAAGGAGAAUGCAAUCCUCUGGACAUACAAAACUCAGUUGAGGGAGAAACUGCCAUGCUUUUGGAAAAUGCUUCACCCAAUGAAACUAUUCCAGAACAGACCCUGUUGCCCGACGAAUUUGUUUCCUGUUUGGGGGUCAUGAAUGAGGAGUUGCCAUCUAUUAAUUCUUAUUUUCCACAAAAUAUUUUCGAAAACCACUUCAAUACGAUUUCACUCUUGGAAAAAUAGAGCUGCAUAGUCAAAGUCAAUAUAGGAAAGCUGCCUUGUAAUCUGAAGUUGGAUCUCCUCUUUAGUUUAAUUCUGCCCUAUUUUUUAAAGUUAGAGAGUUAAGAUCCAAAGAUGGAACAUACUUCAUAGUCACAAAGGAAGCACCGAUAUUAGGUACAGCUUCUGUAUUUUUUAAAAAGUAUCAACAAUUAUAUCCUUUUUAUUUCCGCUCAUUGCAAGGCACAGAACAGAUCUCUCUGUUGUAUGAAGGAUAAAUAAUACAAGAUAUGUGGUGGUGAAAUAAACGUUGAAAAUAGUUCUUAAAAAUUGAGACAUUAUGGGGUGCCUGGGUGGCUCAGUCAUUAAGCGUCUGCCUUCAGCUCAGGUCAUGAUCCCAGGGUCCUGGGAUCGAGCCCCACAUCAG